AUGGCACAACCCAAGAUGAACGGCUCCCCUAAGGAAGUGGUGGGCCACAUCCACCACCGCCCAGCAGCAAACUACAACCUCGCCAUCCAGAUCCUUCGCAGCCUCAUCCUGAUGACAUGGUUCAACUGUUGUUGCCUUUGCAUUAUCAUCACCCAACUUAUAGGCGCACCCCUCUUCUUCAUCAACCGCCACUACUUUAACAAAUACAUGGCCAUGACUAAACGCUCCUUCGGCAUCGCCAUCACCGCCCUGACCGAAUGGGGCUGUCCAACCCCCAUCCGCGUCAGCGGGGAUAAGAGCGUGCAGGGCCAGUUUGGACUGACGAGAGGCGGCAGCGCCAGCGGUGGCGCGAAGUUGAAGACGUAUUUCCCCGAUCGGAUUGUGAUGAUUGCUAACCACCAGGUCUACACGGAUUGGCUUUACUUAUGGUGGUUCUCGUACACAGCUCAGAUGCACGGGCACAUCUACAUCAUUCUCAAGGAGUCACUGAAGUACAUCCCCCUAAUCGGCCAGGGGAUGAUGUUCUACGGCUUCAUCUUCAUGGCGAGAAAAUGGGCAGCGGAUAAACCACGCUUGCAACAUCGGCUGGAGAAAUUGAAAACGUACCAUGAGAGUUGUAGCAGACCUGGUUUGCGCAUUUUGGAUCCAAUGUGGCUUCUUAUUUUUCCCGAGGGAACAAAUUUGUCCCGCAAUACGAAGCGCAUUAGCGAUGGGUACGGUGAAAAGCAUGGGAUUCCACCAUUGCGGCAUCAGAUUCUUCCACGGUCAACAGGGUUAUUCUUCUGCUUGCAGCAGCUCAAAGGCACCGUUGAUUGGGUAUAUGACUGUACAGUUGGAUAUGAGGGCCCACCGAAGGGAAGCUACCCAGACGCCUUCUUCACCAUCCGCUCCACAUAUAUCCAAGGCCGUCCCCCAAAAGUCGUCAAUUUCUACUGGAGGCGCUUCCCCAUCUCUGAAAUCCCGCUGGACGACCAGAACGAGUUCGAGGGGUGGAUCCUCCAACGCUGGAGGGAGAAGGAUGACCUCCUCGAACAGUUCUAUGAGACGGGCCGGUUCCCGCCGUGUGAGUGGGAGUCUGAUUUGAUGGAUGGUGAAGUACAGCAUAACCACAGUGGCACUGGCAGUGACAAAGAAGUCACGGCUAAUAACCCCAGCUAUUUCGAGUCUGAAGUCAAGUUAUCGUGGUGGGCGGAGUCGUUGCAGAUAUUUGCCGCCUUCCACCGGUCGUCCCCUUGCAGGCCUAUCCCUCGCGCCGCCUUGCCUCUUCUCAUACCCUCUGUCUCUCCCUUCAAUCCCCAGACCCGCCCUGCGCUUUCAACCAUGGCACCUCUACAAAAUGGCUAUACAAACGGUUCAUCUACGGAGCAAAAUUCCAUUUCACCUGGCUCCCGCUUCUCUGAUAUUCCCUCCGCCAUCGACAUCCCCGCUUCCACCUUCGACAGCGAAGUCGAGAUAAGCCUCGAAGAGCUCCCCGACGACCCCACUGAACUCUGCACCCUCCUCGACAACGAAAAAGCCGCAAAGAACUUUUGGGUCAUCAUCGCGCUCGCAUAUGCGAAGCAAAACCAAAUUGACCAUGCCAUCGACAUUCUCAAUCGGGGUCUCUCGUCCCUUGCCCAGGGAAUGACCAAGGAGAAGCUCGGCCUGCUAGGCUGGAUCUGUUGGCUAUACAUGCUGAAAGCCAGGCAGGCUCCUCGUGUGGCCCUGGAGGGCCAGCUGGUGUCUGAAGCAAAAACUAAGGAUUUCUACCUCCAAGCUGCUACGUCGAUUCUCAACGAGGCGUCGCGGCUAAAUCCCGCGUUUCCGCCUCUGUUUCUCGCACGGGGAGUUUUGUCGUUAUUGCGCGCCUCGUUACAUCCCCCCGCGAGGACUAUUAGGCCCGGGACGGUAGAUACUUCGGAACGAGUAGAGUCCUUGCGACAGGCUUUGAAAUGCUUCGAUGAGUCAGCUAAGGCUUUCGGGAACAGGAAUGUUAUGGCUAUACUUGGUCGGGCGAGGGCGCAUUAUAUGCUGGGUAGAUAUGCGGAGGCGCUGGAAGGUUACCAGGAGGUUCUGAUGAAGAUGCCUAAUAUGAGAGAUCCGGAUCCGCGAAUUGGUAUUGGAUGCUGUCUGUGGCAGCUGGAUUUUAAGGAGCAGGCCAAAUCAGCUUGGACUCGUGCUUUGGCUUUGAAUCCUGAAUCUAAGGCUGCGAAUAUCCUUCUUGGAGCUUACUAUCUCUACGAUAGCUCUCGUCAUGCAACUAACGACCCGUCCUUCGGUUCUAUAUACAAGUUAGCCAUGACGCAGUACACGCAGAAGGCAUAUAAACUGGACAAGGAGUAUCCCAUAACCUGUGCCAUGUUUGGCGGUUAUUUCCUCCUCCGCAAACACUUCCCAACCGUCGAAGCCCUUGCCCGCAAGGCGAUCGAACUCACCGAUGUCAACGCGAUUGCUAGUGAUGGAUGGUAUCUACUGGCUCGUAAAGAGCACUUCGAGGGAGAAGCUUCCAAGGCCAACGAAUAUUACAGCAGGUCAGAUCAGGCCAGGGGUGGUAGUGACAAAGGGUAUCUUCCCGCCAAAUUUGGCGCUGUCCAGAUGCAAGUUCAAACUGGCGACUACGAUGGGGCCAAGUUCCGAUUGGAGAAGAUCAUUCAGCAAACGAAGAAUCCGGAAUCAAUGACACUUCUUGGUGCACUUCUUGCGGAGGAAGUGUUUGCAGCUGAAGCAAGUCCGCUCAAGGAAGACAAGUCAGCUGAGCUGAGGAAAGCUAUUAGUCUUCUCGAGUCUGUUCGUGCAUCAUGGAAGGACGAGAAGAAAAGGCUCUCGCCCGAUGAAUCCGUUUUGCUCUACCUUGCACGGCUUUACGAGAACAGUGCGCCGGAUAAGAGCAUGCAGUGUCUGCAACAGGUGGAACAGAUGCAGCUUGGUCAGAUCCCGGAUACGGAUCGUCCCGAGGAUAUCGACGAUGAAGAAACAAUGACUAACCUGCUUCGGGAGAAUCUAUCUCCUCAAUUGCUGAACAAUAUGGGCUGCUUCUUGUAUCAUGCUGAGAAGGUUGAGCAGGCACGCCAUAUGUUCCAGACCGCACUGAAUGCAUGUGUGAAGUCGCGAGAGAAAGACGAUACAACCGACACAGACGCACUUGUCACGACGAUCAGCUAUAACCUUGCUAGAACUUACGAAGCGGCGUCUAUGCCUGAUGAAGCUAAGAAGGUGUACGAAGGUCUGCUAGAGCGGCACAGUGAUUACACUGAAGCCAAUGCGCGACUGACUUACAUCGCACUUCGCCAAAGUCCUACCGACGAAGGGCCCAAGAAAAUGGCCAAAUUGUAUGAACUGGAAUCGACCAAUCUCGAAGUCCGCGCCCUGUUUGGCUGGUACCUCAGCAAAUCGAAGAAGCGGGUAACAAAUAUUGCCGAGGACCAUGAACAGCGACACUACAAACAUACGCUGCAAGGUUAUGAUAAACAUGAUAGGUAUUCUCUUACGGGGAUGGGUAACAUCUACCUCCUUGCCGCUCGGGAUAUGAGACGAGAUACCGAGCAGGACAAGGAGAAACGGAGGAAAAUGUAUGAGAAGGCUGUGGAGUUCUUUGAUAAGGCGUUGCAGCUUGAUCCGAAGAAUGCUUAUGCCGCACAGGGCAUUGCGAUUGCGCUUGUUGAUGAUAGGAAGGACUAUACGACUGCGGUGCAGAUCUUUACGCGUGUCCGGGACACGUUAAGGGAUGCGAGUGUUUAUCUUAACCUUGGACACGUGUAUGCUGAGCUGAGGCAGUUUACUAGGUCCAUUGAGAACUACGAGGCCGCGCUCUCCAAGGACAGACAACGCGAUACCCAGAUCUUGGCUUGCCUAGGUCGUGUCUGGCUCUUAAGAGGAAUGCAUGAAAAAAGCCUGGCUGCAAUGAACACCGCUCUGGAUUGUACGCAGCGCGCUCGCGCCAUCGCCCCCGAGCAAAUUCAUCUCGAGUUCAACGUCGCUUUCGUCCAAAACCAGAUCGCCUUACUUGUCAUUUCCCUCCCAGAAACGCAAAAGACUCUCCAAGACGUCCAAGCUGCAUCCAAAGGUCUAGAUGAGGCGAUCAACACGUUCACCCAAAUCUCCAAGGCCAAGAAACCCCCCUACCCACGUGGCGCCCUGGAGCAACGGGCGAAUAUGGGCAGAAAUACCAUGCGGAGAAAGCUCGAGCGGACCCUCCAGAGCCAGAAGGAGUAUGAAGAGAAGAACGCGACGAAGCUGCAGCAGGCCCGGGAAGCGCGGGAGGCUGAGUUGAAGAGGCGUGAGGAGGAGAAGCGGAAGGCGGAAGAGGUUGAGAGAAAGAGGAAGCGGCAGAUUGCUGAGGAUCGACAGCGGUUGAUUGAGGAGGCGCAGCGGCUUGCGGCCAUACGUGCUGAGGAGGAGAAGGCGAGGGAGGAAGCGGAGUAUACUACCGAUUCUGAAACGGGGGAUAAGGUGAAGAGGAAGAAGAGGGCGGCUGUCAGUAAGAGGAAGAAGAAGGAUGGUGAUGAUGGUGCUGCUGAUGGCGGCGGCGGUGGUGGUGGUGGUGGGAGGAAGUCGAAGGAUCGGAGUACGGGUCCGGAGAGUGUGGUGGAUUCUGAUGCGGAGGAUCAGCCGGCACCGCGCAAACGGAGACGACUGGAGAGACGGUCUGCGGUUAGGUCAAGUAAGUAUAAGAGUAGUGAGAUUGUUGUUGAGUCGGAGAGUGAGGAGGGAGAAGGUGGGGAAGGUGAUCAAGCUAGGUCUGCCAAUGGGGGGCCUGGGGACGCCGGCUCUUCUUCAGAAGUUGAGGAUAGGGAUGAGGAUAUGCGCGACGUUGCUAGUGAUGGGGAAGACGAGGAUGAGGAUGCCGUUGUUCAGCGGCGGCGGAAGAAGGUUAAUCUUCGUGUCGUAGAUGAGGAGGAGGAUGAAGAGGAAGAGGAAGGAGGGGAGAAAGCUGCGUCGCCGGGUGGGGAUGAUGCUGAUGACCUUUUCGGAGAGGCUAGUGGCGAUGAGGCUGGGGAGAAAGCUGGGAGUGAGGAGGAGGGGGUAGAUAAGGAUAACGAUGUGGAGAUGAAGGAUCACGGGGACGAUGGUGAGGAUGAGGAUGAGGAGUAA